AGCCCGGCCCCCCCCAGGCCCAGCUAUGCCCGCGGGCAGUACCGAGCCCGAUGGCAUCCUCAGCUAUCAGCAGGGACCCGAUGAAGAGGCAGUGGUUGACCAAGGAGGAACGAGCAACGUUGUCAAUAUCCACUAUGAGAAGGAGGAGCUGGAAGGACACCGGACCCUGUAUGUGGGUGUGCAGAUGCCCCUGGUGAGGCAGAGCCACCGGCACCACCGGCCCCGCAGCCAGAAGCAUCGGAAGCGCGAACGGGCAAAGGAGGCAGCCCCCGAAGAGCAGGGCUACCACUACACGCCAUCCCAGCGGGUGCAGUUCAUCCUCAGCACCGAGGAGGACGAGCAGCACGUCCCUCAUGAUCUGUUCACCGAACUGGAUGAGAUCCGUGUGAAAGAAGGCGAGGGCACAGAGUGGAAGGAGACAGCGAGGUGGCUGAAAUUCGAGGAGGACGUGGAAGACGGCGGCGAGCGCUGGAGCAAACCCUACGUGGCCACACUCUCCUUGCACAGCCUCUUUGAGCUGAGGAACUGCAUCAUCAAAGGCACAGUGCUGCUGGAUAUGUGUGCCAACAGCACCGAGGAGAUCGCAGAUAUGAUCCUGGACCAGCAGAACCACUCCAGUGAGUUUGAUGAGAGCAUGCGGGAGAAGGUCCGCGAGGUCCUUCUCAAAAAGCACCACCACCAGAACGAGAAGAAGAGAAACAACCUCCUCCCCAUCGUCCUCUCCUUCGCUGACAAGCCAGCCCAAACGCUCAUCCCCCAUCCUCCUCCCACCACCAUAGAAGCUAAAAAUGGGGUAAGCCACGACACCAGCCCCAUGGAUUUAAGCAAGGCAGAGCUGCACUUCAUGAAGAAAAUUCCCACUGGGGCUGAAGCAGCAAACGUGCUGGUGGGAGAGCUGGAUUUCCUUCAGCAGCCCAUCAUGGCCUUUGCCCGCCUCACCCCGGCUGUCCUCCUCUCGGGCAUGACAGAAGUCCCCAUCCCAACCAGGUUUCUGUUUGUAUUGUUGGGACCAGAAGGAAAAGCCCAUCAGUACCACGAGAUCGGCAGGUCCAUGGCCACGCUCAUGACGGAUGAGGUUUUUCAUGACGUUGCCUACAAAGCCAAGAACCGGGCUGACCUGGUGGCUGGCAUCGAUGAGUUCCUGGAUCAGGUCACAGUUCUGCCACCAGGGGAGUGGGACCCAUCGAUCCGCAUCGAGCCCCCCAAAAACGUCCCUUCUCAGAAAAAAAGGAAGGUGCCCGGAGCUCUGGAUGACAACGCUUCUCACAGAAAGCCUGAAAAACAUAGCGGCCCUGAACUGGAGCGGACGGGAAGACUCUUUGGAGGUUUGAUCCUGGACGUGAAGCGGAAAGCACCGUGGUUCUGGAGUGACUUUCGGGAUGCGCUGAGUCUGCAGUGCCUGGCAUCCUUCCUCUUCCUCUACUGUGCCUGCAUGUCCCCUGUCAUCACCUUCGGGGGGCUGCUGGGGGAGGCGACCGAUGGCCACAUAAGCGCCAUGGAGUCGCUGCUGGGCGCAUCCAUGACUGGCGUUGUCUAUUCCCUCUUUGCUGGCCAACCUCUCACCAUCCUUGGCAGCACCGGCCCUGUCCUCGUGUUCGAGAAGAUCCUCUACAAGUUCUGCAAGGACUACGCGCUCUCCUACCUGUCCCUGCGGACGUGCAUCGGGCUGUGGACUGCCUUCCUCUGCAUGGUGCUGGUGGCCACGGAUGCCAGCUGCCUGGUGUGCUACAUCACCCGCUUCACUGAGGAAGCCUUCGCCGCCCUCAUCUGCAUCAUCUUCAUCUACGAGGCUCUGGAGAAGCUCAUCUGCCUGGGAGAGACCUACCCGGUGCACAUGCACAGCCAGCUUGACUUCCUCACCCUCUACUACUGUAAGUGUGCAGCUCCCACCCAUCCCACCAAUGAAACGCUGCACUUUUGGCAGAGCAAUGAGGUCAACCCUGCAGCCAUCGCCUGGGAAAACCUCACCGUAUCUGAAUGUCGACAUUUGCAUGGAGAAUUUCAUGGACCUGCCUGUGGACACGAUGGCCCCUACACACCCAAUGUCCUCUUCUGGUCCUGCAUCCUCUUCUUCUCCACCUUUGUCCUCUCGAGUUCACUGAAGAUGUUUAAAACCAGCCGCUACUUCCCAACCAGAGUCCGGUCUACGAUAAGUGACUUUGCUGUUUUCCUCACCAUCGUCGUCAUGGUGGUCAUCGACUUCCUCAUUGGGAUCCCAUCACCAAAGCUGCACGUCCCCCAUAUGUUCAAGCCCACCAGGGAUGACCGUGGGUGGCUCAUGAACCCCAUAGGACCCAACCCAUGGUGGACGGUGUUGGCUGCACUCAUCCCAGCUCUGCUCUGCACCAUCCUGAUAUUCAUGGACCAGCAGAUCACCGCCGUCAUUGUGAACAGGAAGGAGCACAGGCUGAAGAAAGGAUGUGGGUACCACCUGGACCUCUUCAUGGUGGCUGUGAUGCUCGGGGUGUGCUCAGUGAUGGGGCUGCCCUGGUUUGUGGCCGCGACCGUCCUCUCCAUCACCCACGUGAACAGCCUCAAACUGGAGUCAGGCUGCUCAGCUCCUGGAGAACAACCCAGAUUUUUGGGGAUACGAGAGCAGAGGGUCACGGGACUGAUGAUCUUUGUGCUCAUGGGCUGCUCCGUCUUCUUGACUGCUGUGUUAAAGUUUAUACCAAUGCCUGUGCUGUACGGUGUCUUUCUCUACAUGGGUGUAUCGUCGCUCAGAGGAAUCCAGUUCUUUGACCGCCUGAAGCUGUUUGGGAUGCCGGCCAAGCACCAGCCUGACUUCAUCUACCUGCGGCACGUGCCGUUGCGCAAAGUGCACCUCUUCACCCUGGUGCAGCUCACCUGCCUCGUGCUGCUCUGGGUCAUCAAGGCGUCCCGUGCGGCCAUCGUCUUCCCCAUGAUGGUUUUGGCUCUCGUUUUUGUCCGGAAAGUCCUGGAUUUUUGCUUCUCGAAGCGAGAGCUCAGCUGGCUGGAUGACCUCAUGCCAGAAAGCAAGAAGAAGAAGUUGGACGAUGCCAAAAAUGAAGCCAAAGAAGAAGAGGAGUCUCAGCAAAUGAUGGAAGCUGCUGCUGCAAACUCAGUCCAGCUGAGCCUGGGGAAGACGAGCUACGUGGGUGUCCCCAAGCAGAACAGCAGGGACAGGACCGACCCUUCUGAGAUCAACAUCUCAGAUGAAAUGUCGAAGACAACUGUGUGGAAGGCUCUCACCAUGAAUGCAGAGAAACUCUGAAUCCGAGGAGGAAAAAGGUAAAAGUUGUCCUCUUUAGGGAUCUUGGCUUUGAAGGAGAGGAGCGAGAGCGUGACUCAGGGAUGAGCCGGUGCAGCUAUGUUGGGUGGAGGAAGCAAACACGCACCCUCCCUGGUUCUCUCCUCCGAGUAGCAGGAUUCCCAUUAAAGCCAUUUAAGACGUUUCCAGUUAUCCUUGGUGUGCUUCAGGCAUUCAGUAUCUCUAGACCAGCAAUCUGAGGUGCACCUCGCUGUCAGUGGGAGCUCGGUGUUGCUCAGCCUCCGUGUGUACGUGUGUGUGCGUGUGUUGUCACGGUCUGUGGUGGUAGAGGGGCAGCUACCGCUUGGUCAUUCAGUGCUAUCUAGUUUUUUUUUUUUAUAUCUAAUCUCUCCCCCCAUCCCCCCC